CGGAGUGUAGUUUUGAGAGGCUCCGGGACGCCUUUUAUAUGUUUUAACUCGGUGUUUACCACUCUGCGUCUUAGACUGAAGGUCAUUUGGUCUAGGGGUGGAGUGGAGAGGGAACUUGGACGCGUAACUUCCGCGGAAUACUUCACGUUUUCAUUUCCCGAAAAACAAGGCGAAUUUGGGGGUGGGGGGGUUAUCGUGAGGAAGAGGGGGAAAUGGCCACUCAGGUGGAGGCUCUCCUGCCCAGCAAUCCACUUGUCAAACAAGAGGAUCGUGGACAUGGGAGCGACGUGAUCCGCGGAGAGGAGCGUUUGGACACGGGGGCCAAGCAGAUGGGUGGUGUCACCGAGGUGAGCAGCUCAAAGGAAGACGGCGGCGAGCAGGGUGGGAUUGGUAAAACGGAACAAACCCCGAAACAGGCAAAGAAAGAGGGCAGCAGCCAAGCGAAGGACAACGUGGAUCAAGAUGUUUCCAACUGUAAGCAAAGUGAGGAUGGUGCUGUAAGCGGCAAAAAGGAUUUUACUGAAGCCCCUCCGCCCAAGGUGAACCCAUGGACCAAGAAAAUGAAUGCGGUGACCGUGGUCAGCGUGAAUGGACAGCCUCACCAUGAUUCCCCAGGCCCCGCCAAAGUGGUAAGAGCAGGCAAUCCACCCAGAGCCAGACGAGGAGGAAAGGUGGGAGAUUUUGGUGAUGCAAGCAACUGGCCCACCCCUGGGGAAAUGGCAACAAAAGACUUGCAGAUGGAGGUAGUGACACGGACCGUGUCCUGCCCAGCGACCGUCAGGCAGGUCAGAGAGACUCGGAGAUUCCCAGCCCCUAAGAGGACUACAGCAAAGAAAGAGUCCAAGGAGAAGAGGGAAAGCAACGAGGAGAGCAAGGAGAAUCUGAAGGCGAAGUCGGACGACUCUGGAGAGGAGAAGAACAGUGAUGGAGAUGCCCAGAAGAAUGGCCAAAAGAAGAGAGGCAACAAGCACAAGUGGGUCCCUCUGAUGAUCGAGGUGAAGUCCGAGGGUCCCAGGGAGCGGUCGGCCUCCAGAAACAACAGCAGGCAGAACGAAAACCCCCGCAUGGCCCCCAACACCCGAAACGACCUCAGAGACUGGCACAGUCAGAAGUACGAGCGCGAGUGGCGCGAUGACCAUGAUGAAGUGUCAAGUGUGAAGAGCGAAGGGGCACCGUUCCGCGGCGGGUUCAGAGGUCGUGGACGUGGCAGAGGAAGGGGCAGAGGACGGGGAAGAGGUGGCAGUAGAGGCCACUACGACUACCACUACAGCUACAAGGCCUACGAGAUGAAAGACGGUACCUACGGCCAGAAGUUCAACAACACGGUGACUUAUUACUACGACAACAUGAGCAGCAAUGACCUAUACUCAGUCGACCAGGACCUGCUAAAAGACUACAUCAAGAGACAGAUUGAGUACUACUUUAGCCUUGACAACCUGGAGAGGGACUUUUUUCUAAGAAGGAAGAUGGACCAUGAGGGUUUUCUGCCAAUUGGAUUGAUUGCUAGCUUCCACAGGGUCCAGGCCCUCACCACCGAUGUCAACCUCAUCCUGGAGGCUUUGAAGGACAGCAAGGAGGUAGAAGUGAUAGAUAUGAAGAUCCGUCGUAAAGUGGAGCCAGAGAAAUGGCCGCUGCCGGGCCUGGUGGUGCCCGACCACACGCAGACGGACUUCUCCCAGUUCAUCCACUGUCCUGAGUUUGUCCCCAGACAGAUGAUGGAUCAGCUUGCAGGUUCCGCCAGAGCUUCAACAUCUGUGAAGCAACAAUCAAAGACAGACCCAGAAACCUCCAACCUUAAGACCAUGCCCAAGGGCUUAUCUGCCAGCCUCCCUGACCUGGACUCAGAGUCCUGGAUUGAAGUAAAGAAGAGGCCCAGACCCUCCCCAGCUAGACCUAAGACCCCCUUGUUGCAGCAACAGCAGCAAAAAGAGAAAGAAGACUCCACCCGUUCUCCUGUGGUGCAGUCUGGCCCCUCGCCUUCACCUGCCGCCUCAGGCACCAAGGAUGGAAUGGAACAAGACGAACCGGAGGAGCUGGACUUCAUGUUUGAUGAGGAGAUGGAACAGAUGGACGGCCGACGCAAUACCUUCACUGACUGGUCAGACGAAGACACCGAUGGUGAGAUCGAUGACCGGGACGUCAACAAGAUCCUUAUCGUCACCCAGACGCCACCAUACCUGCGUAAGCACCCAGGGGGCGACCGCACGGGCCAGCACACAUCUCGCUCCAAGUUGACCAGCGAAUUGGUCAAAGUGAUCAACGACGGGCUCUACUACUAUGAACAAGAUCUGUGGGACGACACCUAUGAGCCUGAGUAUGCCACUAUCAAGCAAGAGGUGGAGAACUUCAAGAAGGUCCACCUGAUAAGCCGGGAACAGUUUGACUGUCUGACUCCAGAACCACCCGUUGACCCUAACCAGGAGGUCCCCCCAGGUCCCCCACGGCCCCAGCAGAUUCCCACAGAUGCUUUGGCAAACAAGCUCUUCGGUGCUCCUGAGCCUUCCACAAUAGCCCGCUCACUCCCAACAACAGUGCCUGACUCGCCCAACUACCGCAGUGCCCGCACUCCCCGCACACCCCGCACCCCCCACCGGAAGGACCCCACCAUGACGCCACGCUUCUACCCAGUAGUGAAGGAGAGCCGGCCGGUUGAUGCAAAGACCCCGAGGAAAAGGAAGACCCGACACAGCUCCAAUCCCCCCAUGGAGUGUCAUGUUGGCUGGGUCAUGGAUUCCAGAGAGCACCGCUCCCGCACUGCCUCCGUCAGCUCCAAUGCCAGCCCAUCAGAGGGCACCCCUGCCCUGGGUAACAUUGGCUGCACGCCCCAAUCCCUGCCCAAGUUCCAGCAUCCUUCCCACGAGCUGCUCAAGGAGAAUGGCUUCACGCAACACGUUUACCACAAAUACCGUCGACGCUGUCUAAAUGAGCGAAAGCGACUGGGAAUUGGCCAGUCGCAGGAGAUGAACACACUGUUCCGCUUCUGGUCCUUCUUCCUGAGAGACCACUUCAACAGGAAGAUGUACGAGGAAUUCAGACAGCUGGUGGUGGAGGACGGCAAAGAGGGGUACAGGUACGGUUUGGAGUGCCUGUUCAGGUACUACAGCUACGGUCUGGAGAGAAAGUUCAGGCCGGACAUCUUUAAAGACUUCCAAGAGGAAACCAUCAAAGACUAUGAAGCUGGCCAACUUUAUGGACUAGAGAAGUUCUGGGCUUUUCUUAAGUACUCCAAAGCCAAGAACUUGGAAAUCGACGCCAAGCUGCAGGAGUACCUAAGCAAUUUCAGGCGCCUGGAGGAUUUUAGAAUUGACCCCCCCAUGGAGGAAGGAAGCCGUAGACGACACUCCUCCAGCGGGGAUGGCCGUCGCCGGCACCCCUCGCAGCCCUCCAGCCGCCCCCACAGCCAAGCCAGCUCGGGCCCCAGCCCGGCCCCUGCUGCCCAGGGCCCCACUGCCAGGGAUGAUGCCAAAAACACGAGCCAGAAAGCAACCUCCCCCGCUGCCGUCUGUCUCUCUGUACCGGAUGACAAGGUGAUGAAAUAACUUCCACAAACUCCACGGGCCCCAUGGAACAACUCAACUACGUCUUGUAGUUCUCGGUUCUUUCUGUGCCGUAGCAAGGAGAAGGGGGGGGGCGGGGGGGUCCAGGGGGGUCCAGCCCUUAAUACAAGCAUGACUUUUUUUUCUUUCCUUUGACAACUUGUGAUUGAGGGGGUAAAAGAGUAAAAAAAAAAAAAAAGACAAUACAGCUCUGCCAAUUUAAUUACUUAUAGAGGGAAAGAAUUUCUUUUUCCUCCAAAGUUGAAGGAAUGAAUGACACCUCCCACACAUUUUAAUCAUGUCUUGUGCCAACAAUGGCAGGAUUGCUCAGUAGAUUUUUAAUUCCUGGGAAACGGGAGUUUUAUCUUUCUUCCCGUUGCGGACC